AUGUUGACUUCUGUACUGAUAAAAGGUCGUUCACCCCUCCUCGUGGGAAGAAGCUUCUCGGUACUGCUCAAGAACUGUAGCCGAGUCAAUGGUGGAAUUUCUAAAAGAUUGUAUCACGAUGGCGACAGGGACCAAAAGAAUUUUGGUAGGUACCAGAAAAACGACGGUAAUAGAAGGCCCAGGAAUCCUCGUUUCAAUUCUCGUCCAAGAACAACAUCUAGAGAUGAUGGUGACGAAGUGCAUUUCGAUAAAGCAACCUUUUCUAAGCUAAUUCACGUACCCAAAGAAGAAAACUCCAAAGAAGUAACGCUUGAUUCUUUAUUGGAGGAAGGCGUUCUUGAUAAAGAAUUACACAAGGCUAUUGCCAGGAUGGAGUUUCCUGGUCUAACUCCUGUCCAGCAAAAGACUAUAAAGCCCAUUUUAUCCAGUGAAGAUCACGAUGUUAUCGCAAGAGCCAAGACUGGUACAGGUAAGACUUUUGCGUUUUUGAUUCCCAUUUUCCAGCAUUUGAUAAACACGAAACUGGAUUCUCAAUACAUGGUUAAGGCUGUCAUUGUUGCACCAACAAGAGAUUUAGCUUUACAAAUCGAAGCGGAGGUGAAAAAAAUUCAUGAUAUGAACUAUGGCUUAAAGAAAUACGGUUGCGUCUCUCUAGUUGGUGGUACUGAUUUCAGGGGAGCCAUGGAUAAAAUGAAUAAGCUAAGACCAAACAUUAUAAUUGCCACUCCAGGUAGAUUGAUUGAUGUCUUAGAAAGAUACUCAAACAAGUUUUUCAGAUUCGUCGAUUACAAGGUGCUUGAUGAAGCUGAUAGAUUAUUAGAGAUUGGGUUCAGAGAUGACUUAGAAACUAUUUCUGGUAUGCUGAACGAAAAAAAUUCGAAAUCCCCCGAUAAUAUCAAAACACUACUAUUCUCAGCUACUCUUGAUGACAAAGUACAAAAACUAGCAAACAAUAUCAUGAAUAAGAAGGAAUGCCUUUUCUUGGAUACCGUCGACAAAAAUGAGCCAGAAGCUCAUGAAAGGAUUGACCAAUCCGUUGUGAUUUCUAAAAAAUUUGCGGACAACAUAUUUGCUGCUGUGGAACAUAUUAAAAAGCAAAUUACAGAAAGAGAUUCCAAUUACAAAGCCAUUAUCUUCGCUCCAACCGUUAAAUUUACAUCCUUUUUAUGUGAUAUUCUACAAAAUGAAUUCAAAAAGAAGCUACCUAUUCUAGAAUUUCAUGGUAAGAUCACACAGAAUAAAAGAACAAGUAUAGUCAAAAGAUUUAAGAAAGAUGAAUCUGGUAUUUUGGUCUGUACGGACGUGGGUGCUCGUGGUAUGGAUUUCCCAAAUGUUCAUGAAGUUUUGCAAAUUGGUGUACCAUCUGAAUUAGCCAAUUACAUUCAUAGAAUUGGUAGAACUGCCAGAAGUGGAAAAGAAGGUUCUUCCGUCUUAUUCAUUUGCAAGGAUGAAUUACCAUUUGUUAAAGAAUUGGAACAUGUUAAAAAUAUAACCAUUGCUAAACAAGAAACGUAUGAACCAACUGAAGAGAUAAAAACUGAAGUGUUGGAAGCCAUGAGCCAAGAAACGGAAGAGCUGUCCGAUGUCAUAGUAAGUUUGAUCUCAUCCUACAGAUCUUGCAUCAAGGAAUACAGAUUUUCUGAAAGACACAUAUUGCCUGAAAUUGCAUCUACCUAUGGUAUACUUUCAAACGAUCCUGAAUUAAAGAUCCCUGUAUCCAGAAGAUUUUUAGAAAAGUUAGGGUUGAGCCGUAGUCCAAUUGGUAGAGCAAUGUUUGAAAUAAGAGACUAUAAUAGUAACAGAGACAGAAGUGAAAACUCAUACGAUGAUGAAGAUUCAGACACUUCCUUCAGAAGCAACAACAAUUAUAGUAGAAACAGAAAUAGAGAUCACGAAGAUGGACAAUUCGGACGCGACAACAACAAUAGACGUUCAUUCUCCCGCAACAAUGAUAAAAACAGUUAUCCAAAAAGAAAUAAUAACAGAUAUUAG